CACACACACACCCCUGCGGUUUAAAGUCACAUGUUGGAAACCCCCACUACACAUCUUUGGGCAGGUAAUUUUUCUAUUAUUACCCAGACAGCGGCUAAAAUGAGACAUUAGGUGUUUUUGGGCCCUCUAAGUUCCAUGGUACUUUUCUAGCAUAGGUACAUGUGAAAAAUAUUUAAGGAAGUAUUCUUACUGAAGUGAUUGCCAGAAGUCCCAAACAAUCUUCACUGCCAUCAGCAAGCAACAACUUUGACGAACAUCUACAUCCUGUGAAAACCAGCCGACCACACAUAUUUCAUAUUGCACCUAAAACUCAGCUGAAUCUAUGCUCACAUUAACUCUUCAAUACUCUCGACUGUAAGGCUUGUUCUGGAAUAACUUAUUUGAAUUCAGUGGGGCUAACCAUUUAGCCAUGACGCCAAACACCUGCACAGAAUUGCUUUCGUUACAUUGCUUUCAAUAGAAGAUUUGUGGGUAAAAAAAAUGGAAGUAGAAACUAAAGAAAUAAACAGGUUACCCUGAUACUUAGUCUCUGAAAUAAGGCUGAUUUAUGUGCUGUGAAGAAAAAGAAAUAUUAAAUGUAACAUUGUAAAUUGGGAUUAAUCUGUGUGGGUUGUCUUCACAAGAAUUAAACAAAUUAAUCAUUCAUUGGAACUGACAUACUUGGAUGGGUUACAGUUGCAUCGUUUCCUCCCACGAUAAAUAUACGCGACGGAUGGCAGCUUUGCUUAACCACACUGCACCUGUCAAACCCAUAACUUCUGCGUUUCCUGUCAAUUUCUCAUCGACAUAAAACUUGGCCAAAAUAUGCUGCUGCUUUUGAGUUGUCUUUUUAUUGCAGGUAAGAAAAAAUAUUUUGUACGUUAAUUCAGGAUUUAACCUUGGAACAUUUUUCAUUAUGUAGUUUUCUGUGUAAAGUUUAGGCAGCAAUAUGCUAUUACUUCAUGUUCAGUUUAGUGAUGUCUCAUUUGCCAGUUGCAGUUUUUUUCACACUGCUGGCAUUGAUUAUAAAGUUAUGUAAUGUUUAGAUGUCUCUUUGGCGUUUAUGUGUACCAACUGGGCCUUUAUUAUCCCGACCCUCCUAAAGCAUUAUAAGACUUAACAAGAAGUACUUUGCUAAAUUUCUAAUAACAUGAACCUUAUAGAAUGCCAAGAAAUAGGUUACUUCAUAGUGUUUGUGAUUUAGGAGCAUAAAAGUCAAGUUAAACAACUGUGUGAUUUUUGCUCUCUACUAAGCUGUAAAAAUGAAAUUUAGAAUAAUUUUAAACCAACUGACCCAAGAGUAGAGAGAAAACAUUAAUGUCUACGACUUACCAACUUGUUCAGUGCAACAAAACCCAUAUUAUCUAAGUUUAGUAAUAAAAUAUUUUGAAUAUACUUUGAGAUAAUAUUUCAUAACAAAUAACUUAUUUGCACCAGUACACUUGUACACUUCUAUGAAGGUGAAUUAUUUAAUACUUGUCAUGCUUUUGUGGUUACACCAUUUGACAAUUUAAUGGGACUCUUUAAUUCGUUAAAAAUGGUAGAAAUCUCAUAUAAAAAACUAUGACACCAACAGAAAUGCAAAUUUUACAUUCAAACAAACAUCUAACAAGUUGUUUUAACAAGUUUAAAGCACAUUUUUGAUUUGGACAUCAUACCAACCCUUAUUUGUCACUGACAUUUUUACUGAUGUUGUCUUACAAGCUCAGCUUCUACAUUACUUCUGCUUUUCAAAGGUCAAACUACCAUAACACCUGUCUGUUCUACAUGGACGCUCAUUUACGCAAGUUUAAAAUAAAGAGAGGGAGACUUGGUCUCGAUGGAAAAAAACCCCCCAAAAGUUGAGUCUUAAUUCCAAAAGUCAAAAUUUUGAUAUAAAAAGUCACAUGAGAUAAAAUUAUGACUUAUUAUAUGUGGCUCAGUGGAUAGAGUCGAUCCCAGCUCCGGCAGUCACAUGCCAAAGUGUCCUUGAGCAAGACACUGAACCCCAAAUUGCUCCCGCUGUGUUUCAGCGGUGUGUGAAUGUGUACGAAUGAGCAGCUAAUACUGAUGAUUCCCUUACAUUAGCAGCCUCUACCAUCAGUGAGUGAAUAGGUAUGAAUGGGUGCAUGCGGCAAGUAGUGUGUAAAAGUGCUUUGAGUAGUCAGACAGACUAGAAAAGCGCUAUAUAAGUGCAAGUCCAGUUACCAUUCACCAUUUCCAUUUAUUACCUCAUUAUUCGAUCUUUUGUCCCAUAAAUAUAACUUGAAUUUGGGGAUUUUUUUUCAUCAAAUUUUGUUUUAUUUUUAGCCCGGUGGAAAUUUUUGUCCUGAAAAAAGAAAACAGAAAAGCUAUGGAAGGGAUUCUUUGACAUCUUUGCUUAUGAUUUGUUUCAGUUGAUGUGUUGUUUUAUUUUUGCUUCCUGUACCAACUUUUUAAUGUUUUUUUUAAUGUUUACCCCAGGUUUUAAAGCAGAGGACCUAUCAACGAUGCACUACAGGGCGAAAGGCAGCUCGUCAUGUUUUGAAGUUAGAAAAUCACCACCAUUCGUAGAUGUUCGCUGGAGUAAUAAUCCUAUUAAUAAGAGGUUUAUUGUUUUAUAUGGAAAGAUCACACCCAGUUACAAGGGCAGAUUUGAUUAUAAUCCAAACAAUCACUCCUUGUGUAUACACAAACUCACUGAAGCAGACAGUGGUAUUUAUGAAGUUUCACUUAUACAUUUGGACUAUAAUGGAUCAACUGAGACGAACAAAUUAGUUGUACAAGCACCUGUUCCCAAACCAGUCAUCAGGAUGUCCGUAGACUUACCAGGCUCCAACCUUUCUGCUGGAUUCUGCAACAUAUUAGUCAACUGCUCUGUCCUGGGUGACUGGUUGUUCGCCGUCUGUGACGCAGACAGCUGCAGGACAUCUCAGAGAUCUUUCAGCAAAGCAAACAUCACAAUCUCUGCCCACAACAGAUCUGUUGUCUGCAGUGGACACAACCAUGUCAGCGUACGCAAUGCCUCUGAAAACAUGGAGGAAACAUGCAAUCAUAAAUCGGAUAAGAAACACGAUGAGACAUCAGAACUGACCUAUGUAAUCCCAAUAGUGGUUCCAGUAGUUGCAGUACUUGUAGUAGUUGCAUGUAUUGUAUGUUUGGUUAUGGGAUUCUGUUCAACCAAAUGUAAUCGCCAUCAGACAUCUACUGCUCGGUUAAUCCAAAGCCAGCCAAUCGAGCCCCAGCCACAACCUGGGACCAGAAACUUGACCUCUUCUUCCAGUCAACCUGAGGCCUCUUAUGAAAAUGUGGAUGUCACGCAGCCCAGUGAGAUUAACAGUCCAAUUCAGGGUCCUCAUGAGGCGUUGGGGCCAAGGCAAAGUCAGACAGUGGAUACAGUCUACAGUGUUUUACAGUUGCCACGUGUGAAUGACUCUCCUGGAAAAAGUGACAGAGAUACUAACACAAAGGACCAUGAGGUGAUAGAAGUGGCAUCAACACCAGAGCCUGGGGUGGCAGAGCAUGACAAUCAAGUUGACACAGUGUACAGCGUGUUGCAGAAGCCAAAGAGAUGAACAUUAAAAGUUCGGAAGACUUUUUAAGACCGCUGAAGAUAAGAUAAGAUACUCUUUUAUUCAUCCCGCAACGGAGUUACAGCAGCAAACAAGAAGGUGUACAGUAUAAGAUUUCCAACAAGA